AUGGAGAGUGGUCGCGUGUUACGAGUUGGCCUCAUCGGCUGUGGCGAGGUGGCCCAAGUCAUCCAUGUUCCGACCUUAGGGUUCCUCUCCCACCUGUUUCGCUUGACAUAUCUCUGCGACGUCUCCAAUCAAGCCCUACAGCACGUCAAGAGUCGAGUUCCAAACAGCGGCGAGAUCCAGACAACAAGGGACCCAGACGAGCUGUGCCGAUCUGCUAACGUCGAUGUUGUACUGGUGCUGAGCAGCGAUGAAAACCAUGCAUACCACGCUAUCCUGGCCCUCGGCCAUGACAAGCACGUCUUGAUUGAGAAACCAGCUGCACUCAACCUGCAAGAUUUGCAGCAGAUCAAGAAGGCUGAAGAGGCCUCCAAGGGUCGGGUUAUGGUAGGAUAUAUGCGUAGAUAUGCCUCCGCCUUUAGACAGGCAGUCGAUCAAGUUGGAGGGCUAGACAAGAUUCUUUACGCUCGAGUUCGAGAUAUCAUUGGUCAACCGCAGCCCUUUGUCUCCCAGUCCGGCACAUACCCCAAGCGGUUCAACGAUUUCCGCCAACAAGACGUUGAUGAUCUGGCAGCCCAGCGUGACAAGGCUUUUGAAACUGCGCUUGCCGAGUGCUCUGCUGAGUCCAGCGAGGAGAACCGUCUCUUCUGGAGGUAUCUGGGAGGUCUGGGGUCACACGACCUCUCUGCCAUGCGCGAGACUCUGGGAAUGCCGAUUGGUAUCCACGGCGCCUCGGUGACUAUGCCAUUUUGGAACGUCCUUUUCAAGUACCCAGGUUUCAACGUCAGCUAUGAAUCUGGCAUUGAUAAUGUGCCGCGAUUCGACUGCCACAUCGAGGUCUACGGCACCGACAAGACCAUUCGCGUGAAGUUUGAUACGCCUUACGUCAAAGGGCUCCCGGUCACGAUGCACAUCUCGGAGAACGUAGAUGGAGCUUACAGGGAGACGACGACACGCGUGACGUACGAGGAUGCCUACACUUUAGAACUGAAGGAGCUGUACGAUUGGGUCACAACUGGCAAAAAUAUCAAGACUGACCUGGUGGAUGCGGAGCAGGAUUUGCGCAUCAUGGGGAUGAUUAUGAAGGCUCUGUAG